UUGGACGUCGUCAUUCUGUGUUUGAGAGUGUCACGAGCAGUGAUUGGCCGUUCCGGAUGUUGGCGAUGCACUGGCGGAUGGUGAGUGUGGAGAUUUGCCGUGCAGACUUAAGAAAAGAGUGGUGAAAAUCCGUCAGUGUGCCAGAGCUGAGCUCAACAGCAAACACAGCCAAUAGGUCACCGAAGCGCGCUGGACCGUCUGUUAGGCAGGUUGAAUAUCCACGUCUGUAAUUCUGUCUGCUGACAUAUUUGGACACAGAUGUAUUUUUAUGAGUGCAGGUAGAACACACUUGUUUUUUCAGAGGCAUUGAUGGAAGAACAGCGGGACCUAAACAGCACGGACAGCAGCGAGGGAGAGAGCGUUUCCCCGUCGCUGGGCAUCCUGCCUCUGCAGGCCGGCCCACAGACCAACAGAACAACAAACUUCUUCAUUGACAACAUUUUGAGGCCGGAUUUCGGAUGCAAGAAGGAAUUCGGUCUGAGUCCGAGAGAGAAGGCGCAAAGCUCUGGUCGGGGGCGGCUUCACCCGGUUCUUGGCAGGCCGUUUUCCAGGACGCCGUGCCUGGACUCCAGCUGCAGCAGCGACAGCACUUCAUCCUCCACCGUUUCUGCGGCCAGUGGCACAAAGUGCAGCAGCAGCGAGAGAGUCACGGCCACCGUGGGCUCUGAUGAGAACAGCGAAGAGUUAAAGUACGAGGAGAAGGAUGAGGAACGUUCUGCCUCCUCGCCGGUGGUGAUGAACGGGACCGGGACCCCCACACCGGAGAGCCAGGCCCUGCUCUGGCCCGCAUGGGUCUACUGUACCCGGUACUCUGACAGGCCUUCUUCUGGCCCAAGGACGCGGAAAUUGAAAAAGUGUAAAAGCUGCAAAGAAGACAAGCGGCCGCGCACGGCCUUCACGGCGGAGCAGCUCCAGAGGCUGAAGACCGAGUUCCAGGUGAACCGCUACAUCACGGAGCAGCGGCGGCAGGCUUUGGCCCGGGAGCUCAACCUCAACGAGUCUCAGAUCAAAAUCUGGUUUCAGAACAAAAGGGCCAAGAUAAAAAAGGCCAGCGGCUUCAAGAACGGGUUGGCGCUGCAGCUGAUGGCACAGGGACUCUACAACCAUUCAACCACAACCAUCCAGCAGGACAAAGAGGACAGCGACUGAGGGGCUGAGCUGGACCCGGGACAGCGCAUCACGGAUCGGUGGGAGGGUUCAGUGUUUGGCUGCAGAGUUAAACCCAAGAUGUUCGUCCUCUUCACCGAACUGUCGCCGAU